AUUAUGGGAUGGCACUAUAGAAUGCAGUGGUGAACCAGCAUUUAUAUUCACACUCAUUGUAAAUGUUACAUCAGAAACCAGCAACCCUGAGGGUACAUUUGAGCUAAACUACCACAAUGGCACAGAUUUAAAAGACUACACAGUCAGUGGAACAUAUUCCCAAACAGCUAAAGAAUUCACACUUAUCACUUCAAGCAACACACCCGAUGACUUGGUAUCAGCUAUAGGAAUAUUUGGAGAAGUAUUGAAUAGUGGUAACAACAUGACUGGAAAUUUUGUUACUCUUGCUGUUGGAACAUGUUCCCUUAAUGGACACAGGAG